AUGGAAGAGGAUCAGCGUCGUCUCUCGCAGCUGUUUGAUGUUCCGGGUGCCGCGCAUCUACAGCCCGGGUAUGGUCAGCCGUUCCAGCCGAACGGUGCAACGCGGGAUCAGCAUGCAGGAGCCCCUUCAUCACCAAGCCAACAUCCGCCAUCGCUCUCGACGGCGUCGUCAAGCCAGCAUCCGCCAUCGCUCUCGACGGCUUCUUCAAGCCAGCAUCCGCCUUCGCAACCAAAUGCGACACAUAACGGUGAGCCCACAAUGCUACAAAUAAUUCAACUAAUGCAGCAGGUUAUGGCCAAGUUGGAGCAGCAGCAGCCGGUAUCACAACCGCAUGUGGCAUCACAGCAGCAGCAGCAGCCGGUAUCACAACCGCAGAUGGCAUCACAGCCACAUCAGCAGCAUCGAGAGGCUCCCCUUAACCCUGAGCAAAUCCUGGAUACGUUGGCCAGAAGCAUCACCGAAUUUCGCUUCGAGGCUGACGCGGGCGUAACGUUCGAGAAGUGGUACUCACGUUACGAGGAUCUUUUCAUGAGAGAUGCAGCCAGGAUCGACGACGCAGCCAAAGUGCGUCUGCUUCUGCGGAAGCUGGGCCCGUUAGAACACGAAAGGUACGUGAACUACAUAUUACCCCGAAACCCCCGUGAAUAUACGCUCGAGACAACGGUUGUCAAGCUUAAAUCCAUUUUUGGUAAAACAGAGUCCUUGCUGACCAAGCGAUACAAGUGUAUGCAGCUCAAUAAGAAUAAAAGUGAAGACUUUUUAAUAUACGCCUGUCGAGUCAAUCGGGCCUGUGUAGAUUUCGAGCUGGGUCGGAUGAGCGAGGAACAACUUAAGUGUCUGGUUUUUGUCUGCGGGCUGAAGGACGAGACGGAUAGGGAUUUUCGAGUGAAGCUGCUCACUCGCAUUGAAGAGCGCCCCGAUAUCACUCUCGAGCAAAUAUCGGCGGAAUGCAACCGCAUUGCAAACCUUAAAAGCGAAAAUGCAAUGAUAACUGGUGGGGCAGAGCACAGUGUACUGGCAGUACAAAAUGGCGAACGGAACCAUCAUAGGUUUUCCGAUAAAGGAUCGCGCUCGCAUCGCACGUUUCGCGAUGGCCGAUCAAGGAACGAUAAGCCAAGUAACGCAUGCUGGCUAUGCGGUGGUUGGCAUUGGGUUAAGGAUUGUCCGAAAUCCGCCCAUAAAUGCAAAGCGUGUGGUGAAGCGGGUCAUCGGGAGGAACGCUGUCGCAAGCGGAGAAACUACGUUGGUCGUAAAAGCUAUCGGCCGCCGCGGUCUACUAAAACCGUUAGAGUAUGCAGCGUGCGAGCCACCCGUAAGUUUGUGGAAGUUUCCAUCAAUGGGACUAACGUUCGUUUGCAGUUGGACACGGGUUCAGAUAUAUCGGUCAUAGGUCGGACCGCAUGGGAGAGUUUGGGGAAGCCAUCAUUGGUUAAACCUACCGUGUGUGCAAAAACUGCCUCUAAUGAGAGACUGGAGCUGCUAGGCGAGUUUAAAGCGGACGUUACUGUAUGCCACGCCACCAAGCCAGCGAUCAUCCGUGUGGCUCAAGUUGACCUGCUCUUGCUGGGAGCAGAUUUGGUGGAUAGUUUUGGCCUUGGGUCCGUCCCGAUGGAUAAGUUCUGUGCAACCAUCUCAACGAAUACGCACGUUCCGAAAGCGUUACAAGCCAGUUUUCCCGAAGUGUUUCAUGGUACAGGGCUUUGUACAAAAGCGCAGAUCAAGCUGCAGCUUAAAGAAAACUGCAGUCCAGUUUUCCGUCCAAGACGACCCGUGGCAUAUGCAAUGCAGGCCACUGUUGAGAAGGAACUAGACCGAUUGGUGAAUAUGAAUGUUAUCACCCCCAUCGAUUACUCCGAAUGGGCAGCCCCAAUCGUAGUCGUACGUAAGAGCAACGGCAGUAUUCGAAUCUGUGGAGAUUAUUCGACUGGCCUGAAUGCUGCGCUUCAACCGCAUGAGUAUCCGUUGCCGUUGCCUGAUGACAUUUUUGCAAAGUUGGCUCACUGCAAAUUUUUCAGCAAAAUAGAUCUGUCGGACGCGUUUUUGCAGGUCGAGAUCGAAGAGUGUUACAGGCCUCUUCUGACAAUAAACACGCACCGAGGUCUUUACCUCUAUAAUCGUCUGCCUCCCGGUUUAAAGAUAGCACCAGCCGCAUUCCAGCAGAUUAUCGAUGCGAUGCUUGCCGGUUUGUGUGACACGUCUGGUUAUAUGGAUGACGUUGUCGUCGGGGGUAGGACUGAACGAGAGCACGAUGAGAAUGUCAGCAAGGUGCUCCAGCGUGUAAAAGAUUUUGGGUUUACGAUCAAGGCCGAAAAAUGCGCAUUCAAGAUGCAGCAAAUAGAAUACCUCGGGCACAUCAUUGACCGAACAGGUUUAAGGCCGAACCCAAAGAAGAUCGACGCCAUAAUAAAGCUUCCAGCGCCAUCAAAUGUUAAUGAAGUCCGGUCGUUUUUGGGCGCAAUAAACUAUUAUGGCAAAUUUGUUCCCAGGAUGCGGGAUUUGAGGUACCCCCUGGACGAUUUACUCAAAAAUGAGAGCCGUUUUGUUUGGACGAAACAGUGCGAAAGUGCAUUCAACAGGUUUAAGGAGAUCUUGAAGUCAGACUUACUCCUAACCCACUAUGACCCGAAAGCCGAAAUCAUCGUAGCCGCAGACGCAUCCUCAGUUGGACUCGGAGCCACCAUUAGCCACAGGUUUGCAGAUGGAUCCAUUAAGGUGGUGCAGCACGCGUCGCGGGCCUUAACAAAGGCAGAGGCCGGGUAUAGCCAAAUAGACCGCGAAGGAUUGGCCAUCAUCUUUGCGGUAACACGCUUCCACAAAAUGCUCUAUGGCAGGCAUUUUAAACUCCAAACGGACCAUAGGCCAUUGCUCCAGAUCUUUGGCUCAAGGAAGGGCAUUCCAGUAUAUACUGCUAAUCGGCUGCAACGGUUCGCGCUUACGCUGCAGCUGUACGACUUUGAGAUAGAGUACAUACCGACGGACAAAUUCGGGAAUGCGGACCUUCUGUCGCGGCUUAUCAACAAGCAUGCGAAACCGGAGCCGGAGUACAUGAUCGCGAGCAUCGAGCUGGAGAAGGUUGUAAGUUGUGUAGCCAUAGAAUCACUAAAACCAUUUCCGAUUCGUUUUAGAGAAGUUGCAACGGCUACAGGAAAUGAUGCUUUGCUACGCCAAGUUUACGGGUACAUCCAAGCAGGUUGGCCUCGAAACAUGGCUUAUGGUGCGGAUUUGGCUCGAUUUCACAGCAGAAAAGAUGCGCUUACGACCGUUGAAGGAUGUAUUCUUUUCGGAGAGAGGGUAGUGGUCCCCGCUGUUUUGCAGAAAAGAUGCCUGAACCAGCUACACCAAGGACACCCAGGCAUCCAGCGGAUGAAGGCGAUCGCGCGCAGUUUCGUUUAUUGGCCAUCACUGGACAACGACAUCGCCGAUUGCGUCGCUACCUGCGGAGCGUGUCAAGCCGCAGCCAAAUCCCCACAAGCAGCGGCGCCAUCAUUUUGGACAAAACCAUCCGGUCCUUGGCAUCGGGUACACAUCGACUACGCCGGUCCAGUGGAUGGAGCAUAUUUCCUGGUCGUGGUAGACGCCUUCUCAAAAUGGCCGGAAAUAGUAAAAACCGCAAGUAUUACCUCAUCGUCUACAAUUACCAUCUUGCGAGGAAUAUUUGCUAGGUUUGGACCGCCGGUCACAUUAGUCAGCGAUAAUGGGACCCAGUUCACCAGCGAGAUCUUCAAGGAGUUUUGUGAGCGUAACGGCAUCAGGCAUAUACGAACUCCACCCUUUCAUCCACAAUCGAAUGGUCAGGCCGAGCGGUUCGUGGACACGUUCAAGCGUGCGUUGAAGAAGAUACGAGUUGGAACCACAUCGCUGGAAGAAGCCUUGGAUCUAUUUCUUCAGACCUAUCGAUCCACACCAAAUCCGGUUUUAGAUCAACGUACCCCAGCCGAGCUUAUGAUUGGAAGAACAUCUAGGACGGUUCACCAUUUGCUACGGCCGCCAGCAACAUCAGACACCAUCACUGGAAGUGACUUUCGUGAGUGGCAGCCGGGUGAUCUAGUUUACGCAAAGGUGUACAAGGCGAACUCUUGGAGCUGGAUGACCGGAAGGAUAAUUCGCCGAGUGGGUAACGUGAUUUACGAGGUAGUUACCCAAGACCAGCGAAGGCAUCGACGGCACGUGAAUCAGCUCCGACGUCGAAGUGCUGGCCCAGAUGAUCAGAUCCAGAAAAAGGAGCAUCAGCUGCCCCUUUACAUCCUGUUGGAUGAAUGGGAUUUGCCGCAUCAAUCGUGUAGUCUACCGGCGUCUUCAGCACCGCCAUCCUCACUACAUUCGGCAUCAGUGUCAGCACCGCCAGCGCAGGUGGAAACAUCAUCAUCGCCAGCAUCAUCGCAAGCAGCGCCCGCAAACUUCAUAGAGGAACCAACCCCGACUAUUGACAGAGACAACAUCCAGCAGGCACGGCUACCACGACGUUCUUCUAGGUCUAGAAGACUGCCUCGUAGGUUCAGCGCGUACCGGCUGACUUAA